AUGUUUGUUUUUCAGGGGCUUCUAGGUGAUACUGGACCGUAUGGAAAAAAGGAAAAAGGUAUACAGGGUGAUAUAGGAGCAGCAGGAGUAUCUGGGGAUCCUGGAGCACCUGGAAAACAAGGAAAACCAGGCAGGUCUGGAACAAGUGGAGAUACUGGAUUGGCUGGUUUAAAGGGGAUGAAUGGUGACAUUGGGUCACGUGGAAACAGAGAUGGUCCAAUGGGUUUGCCUGGAGUAGCUGGGGCUCGCGGUACACCUGGUUUAAGAGGAGAUACGGUAAGUUUUGAUGUUAGGGGUGAACCUAGGUUAAGAGGAGAUACGGUAAGUUUUGAUGUUAGGGGUGAACCUGGUUUAAGAGGAGAUACGGGACCUGGAGGAAGAGAUGGGGAUCCACAAGUGAAACGGGGAUCAAGAGGAACAAUAGGACGUCGUGGACUUCCUGGAGCACCUGGGGUCAAUGGAGAGCAUGGAAUUCAAGGACCUCGAGGUGAUCCAGGACAAACGGGACCAAUAGGAUCAAAAGGAGAAAGAGUAAGUUGA